AUGGUUGAUGAUUUUUUAAGUCAACAUCACUCAUCAUAUCUUGAAAACCAAGAUGAUGAUUUUUAUACUGAAGAUGUUGAAUACACAGAUGACGAUUGGCAAUGGGAAGAAAGACUUCGUCUCAUAAAUGAAUUUUCAAAUUGGACUAGUGGUGAUGAUGGAUUAGACAGAUUUCUUCAACAAACUCAAUUAGAAACGCCACAAGCAUUUAUAGAAAAGCCUCUUAUAGUUGCACUAAAGUCUCUUAAAAAUUCUCAACAACUCAGUGAAGAAUUCUUGGAUGAGUUUAAACGUCAUGGUAGUCUCAAACUAGAUGGCUGUGGUUACGUUGUUCAUUGUCAUGGUGUGACACGCAAUCCAGAAACACAAGAAUAUAUGAUGGUUAUGAAUUAUGCUGAAGAUGGCGAUCUUAGACAUUAUAUACAAAAAAAUUUAAGUACCCUUCGUUGGAAGGAUGUCGUUGAAAUGUUAUGUAGCAUCGCAAUGGGUCUUCUAAAUGUGCAUAAAAAUGGUACAUUCCAUAAAAAUUUGCAUUGUGGCAACAUUUUAAAAUUUUAUAGUUGUAACAUUGCAGAUUUCGGUUUGUGUGGUCCCAGUAAUCCUUCAGAACCACGAGGGGUAUAUGGAUCCUUACCAUUUAUUGCACCAGAAGUUCUAGCUGGUGGUUUAUUUUCUGCAAAAGCUGAUAUAUAUAGUUUCGCUUUUAUAAUGUGGGAAUUAUCUUCUGGUCGACCUCCUUUUUCGGAUAGACCGCAUGACCAUUCAUUAGCAUUAGAAAUUUGUCAUGGUUUUAGAGAGGCCGUAGUACCCGGUACACCAUUAUUUUAUGAACAAUUGAUGGUAAAAUGCUGGAAUGCUGAUCCAUCAUUGAGACCUGAUGCUGAAGAAAUUGUUGAUAUAUUAUUGUCUCCAUAUGGUUAUCAACGUCGUAUUCUUGGUUUAGAUGAAUUUGUCAUAAAUACCGCAAAUGACAUUGACGACGUUGAUCAGUUUGAACAAACCCUAGCAUCACGCAUAUCAAAUACAAAUUACCCGGUCUCUCCGGACGUACAUCCUUUUGCAUUUUAUAAUAGUCGGUUCAUAUUAUUUCCAAAUUUACCAACACCACAGAAUUCAUUCGUAGCUACGGAUCAACCAAUAAUGAAAUCAUAUCUUGAUUUCAAUGAUAAAUCUCAACAAUGUUCUCUACAGUAUGAUGAUGAAAUGGCAUACGAAGAAUAUGACACUAAUUAUCCGCCAGAAUUUUCUGAUAUAGAAAGUGACAACGAAAGUGAAAACGAACAAUAUAUUCCACCUCCACCACCUAUAUCAAUGCUUCGCAGAAAAUCGCUCGCUCCGAUUCCAUUGGCAAUAAAUUAA